AGAAACAAAGAAAAUGCUAAUUGUAUCAUGCAUGCUAUUUGCAGGCCUCACCAUUCUUCUUUGGGCAAUGCUAGGCUUUCCUAGAAAAUUUAACAAUCCAACGAUGUUUAAAGAAAGGGCAUGCACUUGGGAUGCCAUUACAUGUCCACAAGGCUGGAAUCAAAUGCGUAAUAAAUGCUUCUUUCGAUCUGAACAAGAAAAAACUUGGAGAGACGGCCAGGCAAACUGUAUGGCCUAUUAUGGAACUCUGGUCAUAUUCACCUCCCAGAAUGAAGUGGACUUUUUGACCUACCAUCUGGGGACCUCUUCUUAUUGGAUUGGACUGAGAAAGCAAAAUGCAAGUGGACGCUGGAUGUGGGCGAAUGGUGAUGCAUUAAGCAAUAGGUUCACUAUUGAAGGAAGUGGACAUUGUGCCUUCAUUUUUAAGAAGGGCAUAAGUAGUGCCAGUUGUGAAGAUGCAAAAAAAUACAUAUGCAGUAGAAAAGGUGUUUGUCGUUAGCUUUCCCGUAUAUGGGUUAAGGCAAUUUCAGAAAAGCUAGCUUUUUUUAUGUAUUAUAAAUUCACAUAGAUACACUUCCUUCCCAUCAAACAUGUAAUUUAUGUUUACUAAUAAAAGUUGAAAAUGAUUUUUAUCUUUAUUUUUUUAAAAAACACAUCUCUAACAAGAUAAGAGACUAACUUGAAAUGUUAAUGUUUCUAGAAUGAGAACAGGGACUUCAGUCUGCUUUGUUCAUGAAUCUCUCUCACAUACCCAGAAAAGUACCCAGCACAUACUAGACACAGUAUAAAUGUAAAAGAACCAGGAGAUUAAUAUAUGCAAUAUGUUUUUACAACUUAUACUGGACCACAGAUGUUGGUGCAUCUAAUCUUAUAAGCAGAGUGGUGGUCUUGGUCAUAACGGGUAAAUCAGCAUGUCUAAGGGAAACAGAUUGUAGAGAAGAGAGAAGGGAGGAAAAGAUACCUGUACUUAUCCAAAGUUCAGUUAAUUCUGCCUAAAAG